GAGAAGGGCACAUUCGCUCUCUGUGGUCUCAGCUACAGCUUCUCAACUCUUCUCCAAGUUAUUGCAUAACCGCAAACUCCUCUUACGAUGGCAUCUGUUGCGCUUGCCAGAAGUGGGAUAAGCUCUUGGAGCAGCUCCAGCCAGAAUGUCAGUAGCCGAACCCAGGCUAGCUCCACCAGGAUCAGCAGCAUCAAGUCCAGCAGGCUGUCGACCGCUAGAAAAGCCCCCAGCGUGCACGGAGGGGCAGGGGGCUACGGCACUCGCAUCUCCCGCUCCUCCAGCACGGGAGACCUCUACCAGAAUGGAUUCACAGAGGGGCAUCUCCAAGUCAGUGGGAAGCAGACCAUGCAAAACCUCAAUGAUCGUCUGGCCACCUACCUGGAGAAGGUCCGCUCCCUGGAGUCAGCCAAUUCCCAUCUUGAGGUGCAGAUCCGGGAGUUCUAUGAAAAGCAAGCUCCAAUGGCCGGCAAGGAUCUGAGUGGCUACUACCUGACCAUCUCUGAGCUCCGCAAACAGAUUAGCGAUUCAUCCAUGCACGUCACCAAAAUGAUGAUCCAGAUUGACAAUGCCAAACUGACGGCGGAGGACUUCAGGACCAAGUACGAGAACGAGUUUGCGCUGAGGCGCUCAGUCGAAGGUGACAUCGCUGGGCUUCGCAAGUUCCUGGACGACCUGACCCUGAUGAAAGCUGAUCUGGAGAUGGAGCUUGAGAGACUGAGGGAGGAUAUCGUCUACCUCAAGAAGAGCCACGAGGAGGAUUUGCUGGCCUUGCGUUCUCAGCUGUCGGGCAAUGUCUUUGUGGAGGUGGACUCUGCUCCCGGAGUCGACCUGGGGAAGAUCAUAGGCGAGAUCAGAGAGCAGUACGAGAGUGUAGUGACCAAGAACAUGCGUGAGGUGGAGACUUGGUUCAGGACUCAGACAGCGGCGUUGAGCCAACAGCUCACAACCCAUACCACCGAGAUUCAGACCUCCAAGAGCACGAUCUCUGAACUGAGACGCACCUUCCAGGCAAUGGAAAUUGAGCUGCAGUCUGUGCACAGCGUGAAAUACAACCUGGAGGCCACUGUGGAAGAGACAGAGGCCCGCUACGGGGCACAGCUGAGCCAGCUGCAAGUGGUCAUCGACAGGCUGCAGAGUGAACUGAUGCAGCUCCGAAUUGAAACGGAGCGUCAGGGAAAUGAGUACAAGAUGCUGCUGGACAUCAAGACCCGUCUGGAGAUGGAGAUCGUGGAGUACCGGCGUCUGCUGGACGGAGAGUCGAGCAUGGUAACCAAGACACAGACCAUAACCCAGGUUGACUCAUCCUCAAGUAUCAAAACCAACAAGGUGAUAGAGGAAGUCGUUCAUACUGUCUCUAAGGAAGUUGUAGUGGAGCCCGUGAUGACGCGCAGGGUGAAGAUCAUCACCCAGGAGGUUGUGGACGGGAAGGUCAUGUCAGAGAAAUUGGAAGAGAUGGAGCAGCAGUUAUAGACAUGCCGGGACCACGCACUUCAUGAGAGAGACUGCAUGUCUCGCUAAAGCACUUAAAAAAAGAGCAUGACUCUGUUUGAUUCUGGUGUCUGGUGAUGGUAAUAAUAAUAAUAAUAAUAAUAAUAAUAAUAAUAAUAAUAAUAAUAAUAAUAAAAUGGGAACUGCUUCGCACUAUGUUUGGGUGCGUUUUUAUUUGCCUGGUCCCAUCUUAAUUAACCUGUUACUACCAGCAAUGAAUGACUUCCUGUGCAGCAGUAAUUAGGACCCCACCUGCAUUUCAUGCUCACUUUCUGUGCUGCACCCAUAUAUGUGAGAGGUCCAAUAUAAAGGCUGCACAGGGACUUUCAGUGUAAGAUUCAAUUCAGGGCAAGGUAAAAGCAAUCUAAAUGUUACUUCCCCCCCAAAAAACAUGCUUAAUUACUAUUGUUUUGAAAAAAAAAACAACGACACAAGAAAAGCUGUCCUUUCCCUAGUUAA